AUCGUCUUUGGCGUGGGCUGGGAUGCCAUCAGUGCAUCAGUGAAGACUUGACGAACUGUUUGUGUUUGUGUGAAGGUGUUUCCUGCAAUGAUGUCCUCCUGGAGUCCUCUGCCAUUGGCCGUCUCGUGCUGUUUGAUUGCUCUGACAUCAUCACUCAACCUGGACGACCCGAAUGUCUGCAGUCACUGGGAGAGCUACUCAGUGACCGUGCAGGAGUCGUACGCUCACCCGUUCGAUCAGAUUUACUACACCAGCUGCGCAGACAUCCUCAACUGGUUCAAAUGCACUCAGCACAGGGUGAGCUACAGAACGGCUUACCGCAGAGGAGAGAAGACCAUGCACCGCCGCAAGUCUCAGUGCUGCCCGGGAUUCUACCAGAGCAGGGACAGAUGUGUUCCCCACUGUGCUGAGAAGUGUGUGCACGGCCGCUGUGUGGCCCCCAGCACCUGUCAGUGUGAGCCCGGCUGGGGAGGGCCCGACUGCUCCAGCGCCUGUGACGGUGAUCACUGGGGUCCGCACUGCAGCAGCCGCUGUCAGUGUCAGAACGGGGCGCUGUGUAACCCCAUCACCGGAGCCUGCCUCUGUGCGGCCGGAUACCGCGGCUGGCGCUGCGAGGACCUCUGCGAGCGCUCCACCUACGGACACGGCUGCCAGCAGAGGUGCCUGUGCCAGAACAACGCCACGUGCCACCACGUCACCGGAGAGUGUGUGUGCAGCCCAGGAUACACGGGAGCCUUCUGCGAGGAGCUGUGUCCUCCGGGGAAACACGGCCGGCAGUGUGAGGAGCGCUGUCCCUGUCAGAACGGCGGCGUGUGUCAUCACGUGACCGGAGAAUGCUCCUGCCCCGCCGGCUGGAUGGGAACAGUGUGCGGGCAGCCGUGUCCGGUGGGACGCUUCGGGAAGAACUGCUCACAGGAGUGUCAGUGUCAUAAUGGAGGAAGCUGUUCUCCGUCCACCGGACAGUGUGUGUGUAGUGCAGGAUACACAGGGGAGAGGUGCCAGGAUCAGUGUCCGGUGGGCUCGUACGGUGUGGGCUGCAGACAGGCGUGUAGCUGUGUGAACGGUGCCCAGUGCUAUCAUGUGAGCGGAGAGUGUCUGUGUGAGCCGGGAUACACGGCGAGAGCUGCGAGGAGGCGCGUCUGUCCGGAGGGGCUGUACGGUCUCAAGUGUGACAGGAAGUGCCCGUGUCACGCCAGUAACACACGCAGCUGUCACCCCAUGUCGGGCGAGUGUUUGUGCAGCCCGGGCUGGUCAGGCUUGUACUGUAACGAGACGUGUGCUCCUGGUUUAUACGGCGAGGCGUGUCAGCAGAUCUGCCGCUGUCAGAACGGAGCCGACUGCCACAGUGUGAGCGGGGAGUGUGUCUGUGCACCCGGAUUCAAGCACACGCUCGAGUCUGCGUCUGAUCUGCGGUUUUACACUGGGCUUCCAGAAUGUCCUGCAAGUACGUACGGAUACGGCUGUCGGCAGGUGUGCGACUGUCUCAACAACUCCACCUGUGAUCACAUGACUGGCACCUGCUACUGUAACCCCGGCUGGAAAGGCAUGCGCUGUGACCAGGCCGGCGGGAUCAUCGUAGGGAAUCUCAACAGCUUGACGAGCGCCGCUGUGCCUGUGGACUCAUAUCAGAUCAGUGCAGUCGCAGGAAUCAUCGUUCUGGUGCUCCUCCUGCUCAUCCUCCUGCUCCUCUUCAUCAUUUACCGCAAGAAACAGAAAGGCAAAGAAUCCACGAUGCCUGCAGUCACAUACACCCCUACCAUGAGGGCCAACACUUACGCCAUCGCAGAGGCGCUCCCGCAGACUGACGUCCUUCCCAACAGUAACUAUUUCUCCAACCCCAGCUACCACACGCUGACCCAGUGCAGCAGCCCACCUCACGUCAAUAACCUGCCCUUUGGAAAGCCAAAGAACAAUCAGUUGUUUGUGAAUGUGAAGAAUGCUGAGCCGAGGAAACGUCCAUCCCCGCUGGAUCACACAGGAACUCUACCGGCCGACUGGAAACAAGGAGGAUCCUUCAAUGAGCUCGGAGCUUAUGGAGUUGACAGGCAUUACAUGGGAAAGUCACUGCGAGAUCUGGUGAAGAGCGUGCCCUAUCACACCAGCUCCAGCUCUCUAAACAGCUCAGAGAACCCUUAUGCCACCAUCAAAGACCCUCCUCUGCUGUUGACCAAGAGCUCGGAGUGCGGCUAUGUGGAGAUGAUGUCUCCCGCUUAUAGAGACACGCCAUAUACUGAGAUACAUGCCUCCAGCCCUGCCAACAAAAACGUCUAUGAAGUUGAGCCGACCAUCAGUUCUGUCCACACACUCUCUAACAACAACUGCAACGGGCCAUUUUGUCAAGAUCCAUACGACCUACCAAAGAACUACGACUUGCUUCCCACGAGAGACAGCAGCCCCUCGCCCCUUGAGGACACAGACAGCAAAUAAACCCAGAGACUUCACUGAUACACCGUAAACCUCUGCACUUCCACAGCACUCUGUUAACACUUCCAUAGCUGUCUGUGUUGACAUUCAUCCAUAUUGAAGUUCUUAAUUCUGGCUUACAGGAUUCAAUAGUUCUUGUCAAAUCUUACCCAGAGUAAUGUGGAGUGUUUCGGUGGAGGUGCAAACAUUCGUAAUCUUCAUAAAUGAAUCAUUCCAUUCAUUAAGAACAACAUUGCACACAAAUACAGGACAAUCCUUAAAGGGAUAGUUCACCCAAAAAAUGAAAAUUAGCCCAUGAUUUACUCACCAUCAAGGCAUCUUAGAUGUAUAUGACUUUCUUCUUUCAGACAAAUCCAAUCUGAGGUAUAUUAAAAAU